AUGUCUUCAAGCUCUGCAUAUCAUCAACCAAAUCCACCGGAUUCUCCUGUGGAUGAUGCGGAUUCCGACCUUGAGCUGGACUUGCAGGAACUGGAUCCAAUAGCUUCUCCAACCUCAAAAUCUUCACCUUCUUCUUCACGCAAUCAAAAUUUUUCAAGAGAAGACAGAAGAGGCCCUCAUAUCCCUUUAAGAAAUCUGCGUAUGGGUGGCCUGCGGAAUUUUGGAAGAAAUAGAGGAUAUGGUGAUUUAGGAAGAAACAGGGAUGUUGAUACAGAUAGUGAAGAUCUGCGAGGUUUAUUAAAUGUCGAUUUUGGGGGGGAUGGGAUGGACGGAACAUCAGGAGGGGGUUCGAAUGCCGCAGACGACGAUGCACCUUUAUUACCUGGAGAUGGAGGUGAAAGUUCUCAAAGACGACGUCGGUCAAGCUUCGAUAAGGUAAAGAAUAUUUCCUCGCAGCUUCGACUUCCAAGCUUCCUAUCGGGAAGUACACCGCAGCCACCACCAGAAGAGGGGGAAGAACAAGAAGACGACCAUGAUCCAGCUUCAUCUAGGACGGUUCAAGUUGGUGCCACACAAACCUCUCGAUUUCCUCCUAAUGCCGUUUCGAAUGCGAAAUAUACCCCUAUCAGCUUUUUACCACGAACUCUGUAUAACGAAUUUUCUUUCUUCUUCAACAUGUACUUUUUACUCGUCGCUUUAUCUCAGGCAAUACCACCUCUGCGAAUUGGAUACCUUUCAACAUAUAUUGUACCUUUACUAUUUGUUUUAGCGAUCACCUUGGGGAAGGAGGCUUUUGACGACGUUGGUAGGCGGAAACGAGAUGCCGAGGCGAAUUCCGAAGGAUACACUGUCCUAUGUUUCGAUAAACCAUCAAUAGCGGACACAGCCAAAUAUAGUGCAAGGAGGAAGUUAAAGUCCAAGGGGAAAUUGAAAAAAGGAAGACCUCUUCUUCAGCCGGACCGAUUAUCAGAUAUACAAGAGGAGGAGGAGAAUGCAGAAAGUCAGGGAAGAGAUGCACCAAGUACGACUGUACGUGAAGUGGUUCGAAAGUCCCGAGAUUUAAAGGUUGGAGAUGUUUUGAAAUUAGGGAAGGAUCAAAGAGUUCCUGCAGAUGUCGUUAUUCUGAAGAGUACAGCCAAUGAAUCUUCAGCUGCGGUAUCACACGAACCUGCUGUGACCAAUAUUGCUGAACCUUCUGAGUCUUUACUGGUGGAUCCGAUAUCUGAACCUUCAAUUGAUCAAUCUACAGCUACUACUUCAGAAGCUCGAGAGUCAACAUCUCAGCUUGGAAAUACACCUUCCGCGGAUGCUGCUGGUGCUGGUGAAACUUUUAUUCGAACCGAUCAAUUGGAUGGUGAGACGGAUUGGAAGUUAAGAUUGGGUUCUCCUCUAACACAAUCUCUUGAUCCAUCCGAGUUCGUACGUCUUCGUGUUGUGGCUGGGAAGCCUGAUAAGAAGGUCAAUGAGUUCAUCGGGACCGUUAGUCUUCUUCCAAAAGGCACUGAUGGGUACGAUCCACAUUUGCCGAAAGGAGGAGCGAAUCCAGAUGAUGAGCAGAGUGGAGAUUCAGCGCCUUUAACGAUUGACAAUACUGCCUGGGCUAACACUGUUCUUGCAUCAAGUGCUACUACCCUGGCUGUAAUCAUUUAUACUGGACCUCAAACUCGAUCAGCACUUUCCACAUCUCCGUCUCGAUCAAAGACCGGCCUUUUAGAAAAUGAGAUCAACUCUCUCACCAAAAUUCUUUGCGCUUUGACACUUACAUUAUCUAUUGUACUUGUAGCAUUGGAAGGUUUCGAACAUGUUGAAGGCGUCAAAUGGUAUGUUAAAAUCAUGAGAUUCUUGGUAUUGUUUUCUACCAUUGUUCCUAUCAGUCUUCGUGUCAACCUGGACAUGGGGAAGAGUGUUUACUCUUGGUUUAUUCAACGAGAUCCAGGGAUUGAAGGAGCCGUCGUACGCACAAGUACUAUACCUGAAGAACUUGGCCGAAUUGAAUAUUUACUCAGUGACAAGACUGGAACACUCACACAAAAUGAAAUGGAAAUGAAGAAAAUUCACGUCGGAACUGUCUCAUAUGCAAAUGAGGCAAUGGAUGAAGUGGCUUCCUACGUCAAGCAAGGAUUUUCAGUUCCAGUAGAUGCAAAUCAGUCUUCAGUACUUGUUACGCCUUCUUCUGUCGCUUCAACUACUAUCACCGCCACUCGAACACGAAGAGAAAUUGGAUCACGUGUGCGUGAUGUAGUUCUCGCCCUUGCCCUUUGCCACAAUGUUACUCCAACUAUCGAGGAAAUAGAUGGUCAAGAAGUAGCAUCUUAUCAAGCUUCUUCACCUGAUGAGAUUGCGAUUGUUAAAUGGACCGAAGCUGUUGGCUUAAGAUUGGUUCACCGUGAUAGAAAAGGCAUGCUUCUACAAUCAGUAGAUACGGGUCGCUCGGUUGUUCGUGUUCGUAUCCUUGAAGUUUUCCCAUUCACUUCGGAAGGAAAACGUAUGGGUAUCAUUGUCCAGUUCCUUGAUGGUUCGGAAACAUCUUCUAGCAGCAAUCUUGAAGCUGGAGAAAUUUGGUUUUAUCAAAAAGGUGCUGAUACCGUUAUGACUUCGAUUGUUGCUGCAAAUGAUUGGCUUGAUGAAGAAACUGCAAAUAUGGCUAGAGAAGGUCUUCGUACUUUGGUCGUUGGAAGAAAAAAGAUGUCAGUUCAGAGUUACCAUGACUUUUCUCAAAGCUAUAAAGAAGCUUCGGUUUCCAUCAAUAAUCGAGAUGCCGGUAUGGCUCGUGUCGUUUCACAUUACCUCGAAAAAGAUCUCGAACUUUUAGGUGUAACUGGUGUUGAGGAUAAACUUCAAAGAGAUGUUAAACCAUCUUUGGAAUUAUUACGAAAUGCUGGUAUCAAAAUUUGGAUGUUGACAGGUGAUAAGGUCGAAACUGCUCGUUGUGUUGCUGUCAGUGCCAAGUUAGUAGCCAGAGGUCAAUAUAUCCAUACCAUCGACAAAUUGAAACGCAAGGACAACGCCCAAGAUCAUCUCGACUUUCUUCGUGGUAAAACUGACGCAUGUCUACUCAUCGAUGGGGAGAGCUUAGCUUUACUUUUAACACAUUUCCGCAAUGAAUUCAUCUCUUUGGCAGUUCUUCUUCCAGCAGUCGUUGCAUGUCGAUGUUCUCCAACUCAAAAAGCUGAUGUCGCCAAACUCAUUCGAGAAUAUACCAAAAAACGUGUUUGUUGUAUUGGAGAUGGUGGAAAUGAUGUUUCUAUGAUUCAAGCUGCAGAUGUUGGUGUAGGUAUUGUUGGAAAAGAAGGUAGACAAGCUAGUCUCGCAGCCGAUUUCUCCAUCGAACAAUUUUGUCAUCUCACCAAACUUCUCGUCUGGCAUGGUCGAAAUAGUUAUAAGCGCAGUGCCAAACUCGCUCAAUUCGUUAUUCAUCGAGGUCUGAUCAUUAGCGUUUGUCAAACAAUGUAUAGCAUCGCCAUUAAAUUCGAACCAGAAGGCUUAUACAAGGAUUGGCUCCUCGUCGGAUACGCAACCGUUUAUACCAUGGCACCUGUCUUCUCUCUCGUCCUCGAUAAAGACGUCGAUGAAAAUCUCGCAAAUCUCUACCCGGAACUCUACAAGGAACUUACAUCCGGUUCUUCACUUUCCUAUCGUACAUUCUUCGUUUGGGUCUUUGUGUCUAUUUAUCAAGGUGGAAUGAUUCAAGGUCUUUCGCAAAUACUUACAGAAGUUGAUGGACCUAGAAUGGUAGCCGUUAGCUUUACAGUGUUGGUUCUUAACGAACUUACCAUGGUGGCGUUCGAAAUCACAACGUGGCACCCGGUUAUGAUCGGGCUUUGUAUGGAGAGUCGCGGCUAUUUCGGCAGUUUCGCUCAUUCCGCCUUAUGUUGUGAAAUUGAUUAG